UGUCUGUCUUCUUGUUUUGUCUUCCCACAAGGAUCGCUUGCUUGUUCUGGCAGCUUCUCGCUCCUCUCUGUCCCUCCUGAUGGAUCCGUAGGAAAGCCGAGGGCAUCAAACUGGCCCCCAGACAGCAGAAUCUUGGAAAACUUUGGCUUGGAAAGCUCCCCUCCUUCCUCCAGAUACAAAAGCAACGAGCUCCAUCAUGGCCUUGAUGGUGAAGAAAGCCUGUUGGUGGCUGGCGGGUGUUUACCUGCUUACCUGCUGCAGAGCUGAGGAAGGACUGGAGUUCCCCACCUAUGAUGGGAAAGACCGAGUGAUCGACCUGAGUGAGAAGAACUACAAGCAGGCCCUGAAGAAAUACGACAUGCUGGGCAUCUUCCUCCAUGCGCCGCUGGGUUCGGACAAGGUCUCGCAGAGGCGUUUUCAGAUGAAUGAGAUGGUGCUGGAGCUCACAGCUCAGGUCCUCGAGGAAAAGGGCGUAGGCUUUGGACUGGUGGAUUCCAAAAAAGAUGCAAAGCUGGCCAAAAAGCUCGGUUUGGAUGAAGAAGGAAGCCUCUAUGUCUUCAAGGAGGACCACAUCAUUGAAUUUGAUGGACAGAUGGCCGCUGAUGUAUUGGUGGAAUUCCUCUUAGAUUUAAUGGAGGAUCCAGUGGAGAUCAUCAACAACAAGUUGGAGCUGCAGGGCUUUGAUCACAUGGAAGAGGAGACAAAACUCAUCGGCUACUUCAAAGGAGAAGACUCAGAACAUUACAAAGCCUUUGAGGAGGCGGCUGAACACUUCCAGCCCUAUAUCAAGUUCUUUGCCACCUUUGACAAAGGGGUUGGAAAAAAACUGGGUCUGAAGUUGAAUGAGGUGGAUUUCUACGAGCCAUUUAUGGACGACCCUGUUCGUAUCCCCGAGAAGCCUUAUACAGAGGAGGAGCUGAUUGAGUUUGUGAAUGAGCAUAAAAGAGCCACACUGCGCAAGUUGCGCCCAGAAGACAUGUUUGAGACCUGGGAGGAUGACAUCGAUGGAAUUCACAUUGUGGCGUUUGCUGAAGAAGAUGACCCAGAUGGCUUUGAAUUCCUCGAGAUUGUGAAGGAGGUGGCCAAAGACAACACCAACAAUCCUGACUUGAGCAUUGUUUGGAUUGACCCUGAUGAUUUCCCGCUGCUGAUCACCUACUGGGAAAAGACCUUCAAGAUCGAUCUAUUCAGACCACAGAUUGGUGUGGUCAAUGUUACAGAUGCUGACAGUAUCUGGAUGGACAUCAGGGAUGAUGACGACCUUCCCACGCCUGAGGAGCUGGAAGACUGGAUCGAAGACGUCCUCUCUGGGAAGAUAAACACUGAAGAUGAUGAUGUUGAUGAAGACGACGAUGAUGACGAUGACGACGAUGACAAUGACUAGGAUGACUUCUCCAGAAUUUGUCUUCGGACAGUAAUCCUGAUCACCUGAGGUGUCAUUUCCCCUGAAGGGAAGGCGUUAUUCAUGCGGACUUCUGAAGGCCGUUUCUGUGGAUCGCCAAAGACUCAUUGCUCCAGUUCCUUUCCUUUCUUUGCCCCCUUAAAUGCUAUUUUUUCUGGCUUCCAUAAAGUGUUCACCAAGCAUAACGUAUACUGAGAUGAAUAAAAAAUGGUGACUGCUA